AAGGCAGCCUCGGUGUGUGUGUGUGUGUGUGUGUGUGGAGGGAAAGAGCAGAGCGAGGCUUUCCCAAAGCAGAGCAGCAGCAGCAGGAGGAGGUGAGCGGGAUGAUGAUGGAAGCCAGCUUUGACACAGAGGAGAGUUUUGAUGAUCCGUCCUGUCUCGCCCCGCAGCCCCCCGGCUCCGUGUCGCCGGCCAAGAGGCAGAUCACUGAGGUCAAGGAGACCAAGAUCACAAUAAACUGUGUGACGUUCCCGCUGCCAGGAGAAGGUCCGGAGCAGCAGCUCCUCAAGCCCAACGAAUGGAGCUACUGCGAUUAUUUCUGGGCCGACAGGAAGGACCCGCAGGGGGCCGCCCACGUCACGGGUUUCGAGGUUCUGCUGCAGAAGCAGCUGAAGGGGAAACAGCUGCAGAAGGAGAUGGCUGAGUUCAUCCAUGAGAGGAUAAAGAUUGAGGAAGAAUACGCCAAAAACCUGUCCAAGCUGUCGCUGAGUCCGCUGGCAGCGCAGGAGGAAGGGACUCUGGGAGAGGCCUGGACGCAGCUGAAGAAAAGCCUCCAUGAUGAAGCUGAAGUUCACCUCAAGUUCUCCAACAAGCUGCACACGGACGUAGAGAAACCGUUGCUGACUUUUAGAGGCGACAACUUCAAGAAGGAUCUGAAGAAGUACGACCACCACAUCGCCGACCUGAGGAAGCAGCUGGCCAGCCGCUUCGCGGGAGAAGGUAACCAGCAGGCAGCUGCGUCAGGCGGCUCGCUGCUGGCUGCGCGGCUGGCUGCUGGCUGCGCGGCUCGCUGCUGGCUGCGCGGCUCGCUGCUGGCUGCGCGGCUCGCUGCUGGCUGCGCGGCUCGCUGCUGGCUGCGCGGCUCGCUGCUGGCUCGCCGGCUUGAAGAGAAAAGUCUGAGCAGUUUGUGUCCAGCAUGUGUAGGAUCUGCAGAGAAGUUAGCUGAGCGUUCAUCUACAGGAGUGUGUGUGUUGUGUGUGUGCGUGUUGUGUGUGUGUGUGUGUGUGUGCGCGUGUGUGUGUGCGUGUGUGUGUGUGUCACAGGCUCGUAAAGCCCUGGCAGACCGGCAGAAGGAUCUGGAGGUGAAGACGCAGCAGCUGGAGAUCAAACUCAGCAACAAGACAGAGGAGGACAUAAAAAAGGCGAGACGGAAAUCCACACAAGCAGGAGAUGACCUGAUGCGCUGUCUGGAUCUCUACAAUCAGACUCAGUCCAAGUGGUUUGAGGAAAUGGUCACAACCAGCAUGGAGCUGGAGAAGCUGGAGGUGGAGCGGGUCGAGUGGGUCCAGCAGCACCUGCGUCAGUACACCACCCUGCGGCACGAAACAGACAUGUUCAACCAGAGCACGGUGGAGCCGGUGGACCAGCUGCUGCAGAGCAUGGAUCCAGCCAAAGACAGGGAGCUGUGGGUGAAAGAGAACAAAACCGGCGAGGUUCGGCCUGUGGAUCUGGACAUUUAGGCGGCCCAGACCCGGACGCCCUCCGACCUGCUCUCAGUGUCGCCGGGUCGGCCCUGGUCGGCCCGGUCGGCCCGGUCGGCGGACGGUGCAUGUGCAGCCUGCUGAGCUCUGACUUUAAUCACAACGAGGGAAGAUCGAACGCAGUCCUGGAAAACCAACGGAUCAAAGAACCAGCAUGUUCCUCCUAAAGCUCACCUGUCAUUAAAGCAUUAGCUUUCUGAAUGCCAUAUAGCGUGCUCUGCUGUUACCUGUUGUAAAUUUAAUAUAUAUGAAACAAAUCUAUGUUCUUUAAAAUCUUAAAUUUAGCUUCAAUCAACUUUUUUCCAUUUUGUGCUAACCAAACAAAAAGAAGAGAAAGCUACAGUCUCAUUGUGGACGUUGACUUUAUUUUAGAUACAGAUUCUGAAACUGAACGAUGAUGAUGAUGAUGAUGAAUAUAUUUUCAUAUUUCUUCCUGGUUCAUUUUGGUGGAAAUGCAUGUUCAACCCUCCAUGCGCUCAUGAUGGUGGUUUUGUGUAGCCCAUUGAAUUUGCACCAGGUCGUCUGUGUUGUUCAUUUAGGCUCUUUGUACAACAGAAACGUUCAGCAGUAAAAUAUCCUCACAUGUUCAGAGCGUCCAGCGAUUGGAACAGAAAUUCAACUCCCAACAUCAAAUUCAGGCCGAUUGGAUCCAGUCUGCAGGAAAAGGUGGUCCAAGUUACACGAAACACCUUUCAGUGCCUCUCAGUUUCUAUACCUGGAUUGUCCUUGAUGUCUUCUCUGCAUCAGUGUACAUUUGUAGAUACUGGUUCGAUGUAUUUUGCUGUGAAACGUUUUGACAGAUCUGCAGAUGUUCAGGCAGGCGAGGUGUUAACACUCUACAGCGUUGUUUAUUUUUAGUAAAUAUGCAGGGAAAAUUUUUACGGUGUUGUUCAGCAGCAGAAAGCUAAAUUGAUGGAUUUGUGUGCUGAUCAGCAGAUGAUUGGAUUAUGCAUUUCUAGAUUGGGUGGAUCCAGUUGCAGCGCAGAGCCAGACGAAGCCCAUCAGAUCCCCGUCUGCAUGUGUUUACAUUUCUCUGUCGUCUUCACAUUUCCUCUGGUCUCUAUGUCUUCGGUUUAUUUGCUCAUUUAAUUCAGCUGCAAGGCACAAUAAAUAUUUUGAUGAAAGAUAAAUGUAAGCUAAUGUUUUAAGUAUAAAUUUUGAUUCUUAGUUUGCUGUUUUCACCUGGCUACCUGUGCAGGCUUCAGUAGAGUAUUUGUUGUAGCGGUUCAUCGUCGUGCGUCAGUGUUGUGCACUAAAUGUUGUUACGUUCCAACUAAAUGUUCCUGAUAGGAGUUUGAUGAUGACGUAACGGUUGACCUAACUGGCCUGUGUGGUGACUGUUUACAUUAAAUCCAGUGUUUUCAGAAUGUUUUGAUCAUUCGUGACCUCUGUCCCGAUCGUGAACCGAGGAAUGCAGUGUACAAAAUAAAUCUCCUCUGAAAAUUAAA